CUUUUGAUUCACACACACGCACAGAGAAAAUGUCCGAAAUCGAACGUCUUUCAUCAAAACCCUCUUUUGGCGCUCGUCUAACGCUCUUGUUGGGAUCGAUCAUCUUCUUGCAUGCCGCUUAUUCUACAUACGAGUCUGUCUCCGUUCAAAAAGCUUUAGGAAUAGCGGCCGUUGUGAUCCCAUUCGAUAUCAAAGCAGAAUCCGUUUUCGGUCUCUUUGUUGUAUUGUUGGGAACACUCUUCACCGCAAGUCCAUUACGCGAAAUAACUUGGGCUUCAGAAUACCGAAAAAGAACGAUCGAUCAAAUUGAUGCAAGACCGAGCUUCGUUACUCUAAAUCAUCGCGGUCCACUACUCUUCGGAACUUCAACAGAAACUUCAAGCGGGAAACAAUGAUUUCUUCUUGCCAAGAGCAUCUUUGAAACGUGGCACUUCGGGCAAACUUUUAAAGCAAUCGUGGAUUGCAAUUGUACUAUAAUCACACACACACACGCAAAUGAUAGUUUCAAUAUGUACAAUGUUCACUGCAGG